AUGUUGGAUCCAGCGGUCGAAAUAGCCCCAGUCUCUCCAGUGGUGGCGCUAGAAUCUCCCGUAGUGCUCGCAGGUAUUGUAAAUUCGGUGUCGGUCGCAUACUCCACUCUGUUCGCCCACUUUGGCCAGUUUGCCCAAGGGAGAAGACGAGCAGAAGACAGAAAGCGGAAAGAAGAGCAUUACCUCAACAUUCUAAUUAAAGUUGACGUGCAUUCAAUCGGUACCAAUUCAAUCGUCGACCGUCUUCUCGCUUCACCAGCACCAUACGUCAUGACGAAAUCCUGGGUGACAGUAGUAACGACGGCGAGCUAUGCCAUCGGCGCCAAAGUCCUCUCAGCGAGUCUGUCGCACUGCAAAUCGCAAUAUCCUCUCCUCGUGCUCGCAACCGAAGCGCUCCCGGCCGACGCGCGUACGCAGCUGCUCGAAUUCGGUCUAGAGGUGCGCACAGUCGAGCCACUCCUCCUCGACAGCGUGGCUGCAGGUGCAAAUCGCGCUGCUUUUGCGGAGGCGGGCAACAAAUUACGCGCAUUCGCACUCACCGAGUUUGAGACAUUGGGGCUGCUGGAUGCGGACACGCUCGUGACGCAGAAUAUAGACCAUUUACUGGCGCAUGAUACACACGGUGGCGUUGGUGUGGAUGUGGAUCAACUCGCAAUCGCUUUCGCUUGCACUUGCAAUAACCGCCGUAAACCAUUCUAUCCGCGUGAGUGGACGGUGGAGAAUUGCGGUCAUACACGGUUCUCGCAGACAGACACAUACUCACAUACACCCCCUUUCACUCACCUCUCCCGCCUCACUGCCACAAAUGAUGUCGCUCUCAACUCGGGCGUCAUGGUCUUCCGGCCGAGUGACAAGGUGUGUGGGGAUAUCGAGCAGUUCGUGCGCACAAACAGGGAAACUGUGCAGAGCUACGUGUUUCCCGAUCAGCAGAUCCUGCAGGAUGUCUUCCAAGACAGAGUGCGUAUCUUGCCGUGGUUCUACAACGCUCUCAAGGUGCUCAGAGUAUGCCACAAGCCGCUGUGGGAUAAUGGCGCAUCUAACACACGCGUGAACGUCGUCCAUUACAUUCACGAAAAACCUUGGAGUAGGCGGUGCGAAUCGAUAGCCUUUCCAAACAACCUCCCCGCUUGGGAUGCAGAUGCCGAGUUCCAAGUGGACCCCUCACACGCGUGGUGGUGGUGGGCUCAUGAUAACCUCCUCAGUCGCGAACAUCAGUGGGUGGGUGAGUGA